GUGAUGUACUAUUGUAUUGACGGCCUUGAGAAAGUCAAUCAGCUGGCUCUAGAGUGCGGCCACAACAACCGGGACAAAAUCACAGUUGCACUAGAGAAAAUGGGCAACAUCUAUGAGGCGAAGGUCAUGGCGUUCUUCGGCAAGCACCUGCACGAUAAUGAGGAAAUCAGGUACAUUUGUGACAGUACGGGCACUGUGACAUGCAAGAGCAGGCAAGAGCAG